UGAAGCAAUAGAUUCCUAUGAGCUUGAUUUAAGACUUUUGUUUUGUUUUAAACUGCUAACUAUGAUAAUAUUUCCAAGUGCAAGUGAAAGACUCAUAGGAUGCACUCCUCUAAAAUACAGACUUUUUUCUUGCUAGACUUUCAUUAGCUAAAAAUGGCUGAUUUACUACAAUCUCAAAGACAAAGUAGCAACUGAAUGUACCUUUCUGAUGAUGAAAAGCAAAGUAGUCUUCUUCAGAAAAAAAAUCUCAUUCAAGAAUGGGCCAACAAAUAAUUUGCAUCCUUCCCAUGAUUAAUUUCCUGAUAUAUCUUGUUAUCCCAGGUUGCUGUUGUGGUUUUGUGUGUUUUUUUUUAAUAAAUACAAAAAUUAGCCAGUUUUAGAGGCAGUGAUGCAUCCUUUAAUUUCACAAUUAUGCAUCACUUUCUGUUGGUCCAUCAGAUAACAUUUAUAUAAAGCACACUUGGAAGUGACGUUACAUAAUGAAGGAUACAAAUAAUUUUGUAAUUCAAUUCAAUAAUUAAAAUAAUUUUCUCCUUAGCGUGCUAAAAAUAAACAUUUGAGGGGACAAGAAACCGGUCUUGCCCUGACUGGCACAGUUGACUCGAUAGCGAGUGACACGUCACUAUUCUCGCGAGAGUUCAGAAGGAGAAUACAUAACAAGUAUGGCGGCGCCCUCACGGACAGAGAAGCCUGGAGUGAAAUAAAAGUGGAUAUAAAACAGCAGCUAUCGCUUCGGACUGUGUUGUUUAGAGUCAUAUAACCUUAUAAACGAAGUUACGGUGAGAAAUGGGAUAUGAGCGCCUUCUUUGCGGAGCUCUGGAGCGGUACUCCAGGCUAUUUCGACUCGGUAAUUUUCAGCAGGAAGCUCGAGCCUUUCAAAAUGCGACCCAGUCGAACGGGGAAUCCACGCGAUUAUUUACCUGGUUCGGAUUAAACGGGGAGAUUCUUGCUCCCACAGCCCGCCAGGUAGCAGCCCGUCGAGGCUACUGCAGCUCCACCCAGCCUGCCAAAGAUGUCACCCUGUUCGAGCACGACAGAACCCGCUUCUUCCGGGUGCUGACGGUCUUCUGCGGCGGCCAGUUCGUCUUCUGGACGUACCUGGCUCAGUUCGCUUUCACCGGGCUCAGAGACACCGGUGGAAAAGGCCGAGUCAAGGCGCCCACCACCACCACCGGACUGGCCGGGAUGUGGAGUUUCGAGAUGAACCUGGGUUCAAACGCCUGGAGGUACGGCUUUACCCUGGGAUGCCUGACCAUAGGAGCGGGGAUAGUCGGGCUCGGGGCUCUGUUCUGCCUGAGGUCCGUCAGUAAGGUGGUUCUACAUAAGGGCGGGAGGAUGGUGACGGUACGGACACAGUCUCCUCUGGGACCAGACCGAGGCAGGACCAUAAAUGUCCCACUAAAUCAGGUGGCCUGCCACGCUCACAGACAGGAGUCCCCCUCUUUCAUCCCGCUCAGAAUCAAGGGACACCGGCUCUACUUUCUGCUGGACAAAGAUGGGACCGUAAACAAUGCCAGGCUGUUUGACGUCACCGUUGGUGCAUACAGACCAUUUUAAUGCAACAUGAUGAGGAUUGGGGUUUCUUUAUUUACUGUGAAAUAAAAUAUUUGAAAUAAAAUGUGGGCUCAUAAAGAUUAAUUUUGUAUUAUAACAUUUAAAACUUUCCUACAUGUUUCCAUAUGCGUCAAACUCAAGCCCCGUGGGCCAAAUAUGGUACGCCAAAACUUGUCUAUAUGGCCCCCUGUCUAUAAACUUGUCUAUAUGGUAUGCCAAAACUUGUCUAUAUGACAGUUUCUCACAAUACCAGAAUUUUAUGCAAAAUCAACAGAUCUUCGUGCUGAUGUAUAACUGUGAGUUUAUUGCUAAUUUACAUCAAAAAUGGUGAUAAACAUUGGCUAUAAGUGACUUCUAACUCAUACUUGCAGGUGGCAGUUUUUCUUUUAUGACAAUGCUGACUCAGCUUUACUUGAUGUCAAGUAAUAAAAAUAUCACAUUUUAUGUCAUAAAUAAGUGGAAAUAUUGCAAAUACUUGUAGUACCACAAAAUAAAUCAAAAUCCUGGGGGGACUGAUGAAUGCGAAAAGAUGUUCAAUAUUAAUUUUAAGUACUUAUUGAAUGCAGAAAGGAAUUUAUUCAUAACUUAACAGUUUGUUAAUGGGUUUUAUUAAUAAAUUCUGGCACAAACUGGCCUUGAGAACAUUCAUGAUCUUGAUAUGACCCAAAAUGAAAUUUAGACACUGCUGGCAUGUUUUAGAAACCUUCCAGAAAACUGCAAAUACGCUUCUACACUGUUCCUUUAAAUGGAAACUAAAAUGCACCCGUUUAGAAGUAAGUGAAACAUUAAUCAACAUAUUUUAUCUACAUCUGCUUGAUGAUUUUUAAGAUUGCGUUUGACUAAAUGUAAUGUUUACUGCUCGUUUCAUCAUUAGUUACUGUAUUAUGAUUUUAUGGGAAGCUCUUCGAUCUUCCUCGUUGCUGAAAUGUGCUGUGCAAAUAAAGUUAAGGUUAAAUAAGA